GUCACGUGACACGCGCCUUCUUAAGCGCGAGGCAGCGCUGGUUUCCUGUUGGUGUUUAUCGUCUCUACACGGUGUCAUGCUUUGACUGCGUGUUAAUCUCCUAUUUUUCCAUCAGCAAAGUAAAGGAAUACUUUUUAUUCUGCCCGUGACAAGGGCCACUGUGUAGCUUGAGUUCUCUUGGACGAAGUCAAGAAUGGAGAUGUUUGUCCUUUGAAAAGAAGGACCAUGGGUCUGUGGGCAUCAAUCGUCUUUAGCAACAAGAGGGCAGGCGAGAAGUCCAUUCUUCUUCAGAUUUUUAGUGUAAAGAGCGAAGAGGUCUGUGAGAGACUGAGGGAUGGAAAUGUCACGCUUGUCCAGGAGUAAAAGGUCACCUGGGAACACAUAAAAACACGUUGUUAAUCCUAAAGACAUAAAAAACUAGAGAAUGUGCACUUAGGAGUAUUAGUGUGUGUGUGUGGGGGGGGCAUGAUGAGUAUUAGGGCUGUCACUUUUUAACCGAUAUUCGAACAUCCGUUCUAACAUGAAACGUGAAAAACUCAUAUUUGAAUUAUAGUUUGCACUUACGAAUAUUAAUGUGCAGCCUAAGUGUAUUAGACAGCUUUUAAUUUUGUUCUUUAGCGUCUUAUCCAGCAGUGGGUGCCCCAAAAAGUAUUGAAUGCCAUCUUGACCCAUGAUACAAAAAUAGAAGAUAACAUCAAGCGGUGAAGCUGCCUUGAGCGGACAGUUAUGACCCCAAAUCAUCUAAAAAGCAGCAUGUGGAAGUAUUUUGUGGUCUACACUGUAGAUUGCAACAUUAGCCAAGAUAAGGCUGUUUGGUGACUUGUUGAAUCUUAGGGCUCAACUAUUUACUUACCAUCACAACGGGGCAGCAGAAAUUUGGACAGAUGCACAGACACGCCAAGCAUACAACCUCAUAUGACUACAUAUUAAUUUGGUUAGGUUAUACAGGGUUUUAAUAAAAUACUGAACAGAAUGUGUUGUGGGAGACUUUUUUGAGAAUAUUUAAAGAUAUUUUGAGGAUAUUCAGACAUCCGAAUGAGUUGUUUGCAAUUUAUUUGAACUUUAUUUUUCAGAAAGUGACAGCCCUUAUGAGUUUGGGAAGAUAAGGGACACGACAAAAACAAACAAGGGGUCCAAGGGUUCAUAGCAUAGUGCAGAUUUUCAGAAAUACAGUUAACAUUAGGAAAAUGUUAGGAAAAAUCUAGACUUUAAACAAGGUCGAGUUCGAAAGAUGAAUAAGACUACAUCCAAAUUUGAGCUUUUGUUUAUUUACAUCUGUGGAGAUUUGUUGAACAACUUUGAACAUGGCACCUUGCAUACGAACUCAACAGCAUUUAAAACAUUGGAAUGUGUGAGUGACCAGUGUUUCUUGUUGCCCAGAUGUGCCCUAUUUAUUGUUUAUUAUUUAGAGCUAUUCUUCAAAUUUACUGAUUUGAACUCGAGUUUUUCCAGUGAAGAGAGCAAAAGAGAGCUGUUUAUGGGAGAAAAGAAUUUUAAAGCUGAGAAAAAAGGAAAUCCUUGGUCAUUUCCAGGAAAAAAAAGGAAAAGGAAAUCCCAUAGUCAUUACAGCAAAAUGGAAUGUCCUGAAAAAGAAAGAAACCAUGGUCAUGGCAGCAGAAUGAAUUCAGUAGUUUACACCAACCUUUUCUUUGCCAAUUUACAAGUGAAUUUCAUCCAGUCUAAUUGGGGAGAAUUGCAUCAUGCAGCAAGGCGAUGACACAAAACACAACAAUGUCAACACAGCAAAGGACUUCAUCAUGGAAUAAAGUGGAAGGUUUUGGACUGGCCAAGUUAAUCACCAGACCUUAACCUAACUGAGCAUGCAUUUCACCCUCUGAAGAGGAGACGGAGAAACCCAUCAAAAACAACUGCAAGAAGCUGCCGUGCAAGCCUAGAAAAGCAUCACAAAAGAAGUAGGAAUCAUAUCGGUUGGUUGCUGACUUGAUUCAGUUAUUGAAAGCAAGCUUGCAAACUGUGAAAUAAGGUUUUGCAGCUGCUGAAAUAAAUCACACUGGAUUCUGAUCUGAGCAAGAUGAAACCCUUUCAGCUCAUCUGUCAGAACUGCAAUAUGCAGUAUGAAAGUCUUAAGGACUUUAAAGCCCAUGUCCGGAGUUACAAGCAUAAGCAGGAAGUGACAAAACUUUUUGGGACAGCUCUACAUAAGGGACCAGUUUACUUUCCCAUCCUUGUUUUCCUGGAUUACUUGAAAAACCCAAACCAGACUCCUCCACUCAUUGGUUUCGACAUGGUGACGAUGUUUAUUACUCCUGAAAAAAUUGGUGCCUUUUACCUGUGCCAUGUAUGUGAGGAGCAGUUAAGCUCAAAUUAUGUUGUACCACAUCUGUGCUCUGUUGAACAUUACUUCAAUUACUUGGCCAACACUAAUCCAGAGUUGCUGCGUUUUGCUUGGCUGAAUGACUCCUUUUCUUAUCUGCAAUCCAGUGCUAUAAAAGAGUACACCACCAAUGGUUGUGGCGCCCUACGGAUGUUCGAGCUGCCAAAGUUGUUGCUGAAGAGGUGUAAAAAAAUGCCAUAUCGUCAGGUCAUGUCGGUGUUUUCCAAAACAGACAAGCUAACAGAACAUAUCCAAGCCAGUAUACCGCAGAGGAAAACCAUUCAGGAAUACAUUGCAGACCCUGCCAGAACUAAUCCAUUAUUGGGCAUAAACCUACUGCUUGAGUACUCUUGUCCAAAGAAAGAGGGACGUUGUGGGUAUCUCUGUACUCUGUGCCAGAAGAAAUUGUCAGCUGCUCAAAUCAUCUCCCAUUGCAUCAGCUUUGAUCACAUUUACUGGUAUCUGAAAGCUGCUCACCCGGACACUUUGGACACUCCCAAGAGCAGUUACAGUCACUAUUCCUUCAGUUUCAACAAGAAGAUUCUUUAUCUGGCCAAUCGGGCACAGACGCUCUGCCCUCCAACAGAAAUAGAGAGUGUCCAUCUGGAUCUGGAAUGCUUUAAUGUCAUAAACGCCUCAAGCUAUGUAAGCGUGCUGGAAAAGCUGCAGGUUAUACGGCGAGAGAGAAACCAGAGUGAACUGAAAGUUAAAAUUACACCAGGAGAACGGAUCGUGUUUGCUCCAGAAGAGCAUGAGUCAUCUGCUAGCACAGCCGGAGACAGCUCAGCACAGCAACAGCAGAAGAAAACACAAAUAGAAGCUCCUGUCACUCAAACUAGAGGCAAUCCAAUAUGCAGAAUUUUGUGUGCAGAAUGUGACCUGAUGUUGAACUUUAUAAAAGACUACAAGAAGCAUAUAAACGGACCGCAGCACAGACAGAAACUCAUGGAGCUUUUUGGACGAGGCCAGUACAAUGGUACCAUCUCUCAGAUUAAACUGUACCAGUACAUGUGGAACCGCAACUCAUCAACUACCCCAGUCAUAGGCCUGCGAUUGCUCACUGUGUUUGUACAGAGGCAAAUCCAAGAUGUUAAUACACCGUUCUACCUGUGCCAUGCGUGUGAGCUUAACAUCCCUGUCUCCUCCGCAUCCAUGCACGUUACAUCUGAACAUCACUGCUUAAAUGUCUUUUCGUACUCCAAACCGGACCUUGUUUUUCUUGGAUGUCGGAAUUGGCUCCAGUUGGCAAAAGAAGAAGAACAGAGUCAGGGAAAGCAGAAGAUGGUCCUGCAAGUGUGUGAGCUUUCACGUAAGCAGUUUACAAAACUCAGGACCCUGGCAUAUGAGAAAUUCAUGGGAAUAAUUAGGAUUCACUUUCCAAAACUGCAAAAAUGUGUUCAAGUUGAGAAGCGAGUGACACUGGAGUCAUACUCUAAAAGUUCUGAAAGGAAGUCUCCACUGCUUGGUCUGCAGUUCGUGGUGAAAUAUGCUGCAACCCAUCAUUAUUUCAAAUGCGGGUAUCUGUGCUUGCUGUGUGAAAAGACAUUUCCAGAAAGACACGCCAUUACCCAUGUUUUGAGCUUUUCCCACAUAUAUGCCUAUCUUGACCUGGCCCAUCCUGGUUCCUUGAGCAAAGAGGAUUCUGAGCAGGAGUCUCUUAUCUUGGACUUGGCACAGCAGGCAGAGAAAAUCACUCCUAAUAUGACUUUACAGAAAGUGGACUUGAGCGUUGGAGUGUUUAACGAAAUUGAAAAAAACUCCUUUAUGUCUGCUGUCAGUGUGCUGCAAGAGGUUUUUAAAGAUAAACGACUGGGAGAACUCAAGCCUUCUGUUGUUCCAGGAGCAAGAUUAGUCUCCAGUUUUAAGAAGGAGAAAGACUCUUCGAAGUGUGAACUACAAGGGCAUACGUCAUCAGACCCAGAGAAGCUGAACACUGAUGAAACAUGCACCGUUACACCCAUGCCAAAAACAGAAGAGAAUACUAAUUCAAAACAUCCUGAUCCCUUACAAACAGAACAUGAAAAGCCUCUGAAAAGCAUGUGUAUAACCUCAACUCAGAUGCAGCCUGCUAAACCAUCUAAUGAUGCAACAACAGAUUUGAGCUUGAAAUCUUCACAGCCUGCAAAAGAGCAGUCUGAGCCACUGAAAUUAAACCAGAAGCCUCUGAAUCAAGAAAAACAUCUUGACCAAACUGUAAAACAUCCUCAGCUUCAAGACUCGAGUAUACCUCAACAGCAGAGUACAGAACUGGGACAAAAAACUGCUGUGCAGAAGCCAGUACAGUCUCCAGCUUGCUUGAUUCCAGCAGAUCUUCAGACCCAGUUGUCAAGUUGUUCUGAACUCAAGCGCUACCUGAGCAAACCUGACAGACAACCUGUAAUAGGUUUAAAAACUGUGAUUGAGUGUUGCACCGUUGGUCAAAAACCAUUCUACAUGUGUGUCACAUGUGUAGAAAGAUAUGAGGAGAACGCCAUAAUAAAGCAUCUUUUAAGCCACCAACACAGACUCCAAUAUCUGGAAUCUAUGGGAAUCUGUGAUCCUGAUCCAGGCAAAAGAAAGGUGACCUCCAAAUGGUUGCAAGCCCAAGCAGAUAUGAUGGAGAAGACUCAAGGAUCUGGAGAGGCAGAGACACUAAACUUGGAUGCUGAAGAUUACCAUGAGAUCCUCAGUGCACCUAUUGUAAAUGCUUUGGACAGUCUAAGGCUGUCUCUCUCCAAGUUGGCGUCUGAGAUUGACGCGCAAAGUCCAGACUUAGAAAGUGAAGAGAGCCACGGAUCUGAAACAUUCAAAAGGGAAAGAGAAACUGAAGAAAAGGACAUUCCACAUGCUCACCUAAAAAAGACUGUGAAGUUCACAAAGGCUGACAAGGAGCCGGAAACUCGUAAACAAAAUUCUGAUGAUCCUGCUCGAAGUUCACCACAUUUAUGGUCUUACCUCACAAGCCCCACUCGAACAGAGCCAAUAAUCGGUUUGAGUACGAUCACAGAAUAUCGUAAUUCCAAUGGUCAGCACUCCUUUCUGUGCUCCUGCUGCAAAGUAAUCCUUGCCACUCAGAGUUACAUGGGCCACCUGAUUAGCCCUCGUCACCGCUUCAAUUACAUUAAAAGCAUGGAUCCAGAGUUUGUUGUGCUCGGGAAAGACGAAAUCAAAAUUUCAGAGCUAAAAAAGAAAGCACAGAUUGUACAGGACACUGAAGGCUGGGGAUGCAUCAAGGUGGUAGAAAAAGAAAAUAAGGAGCCUCCAAAAAAGCCAUCAAAAGAUGUUGAAAUGAAGACUCCAGCCAAAGUCCAGAAACAAGAGCCAUCUCAAACCAUCAGUGAGACUGAGCCACAGGACCUUAAGAGCAGUGAGACAAAACCUACAGAACAGCAGAACGGGAAGGAAACUAACAGCGCUGAAGUCAGUGCUGUGACUGAUUCUCAGAACUCAGCUAACACCCAGAAACUGGAGCCGUCGCAAAAUGGACAUGACGCAGGCGAGGAAAACAUGCUAAAAGAGCCACAAGACCAUAACAAUGAUGAGGCAAAACCUACAAAACAGCAGAUUAAGAAAAAAUUAAGGAAGCAUGAUGCUGUGAUUGGAUUGAAUUUUGUUACUUGUGUGCGCCAUGACAAAAAGAAGCUGUUCUUCUGUGAACUCUGCUCUGCCCGAGGUCAUUUAGACCACUUGUCUAGCGAGACUCACAGGAAAGCCUAUGUGGAACAUAAAUACCCUGGUUGUAUUGCAAGUGGCAAAAAUAUGAAGAAGCAGCUGAAUAAGAUAGCACUGAGUUUAGCAGCAGUGGAGAGAAGAACUGGGAUGGGAAUGAAGAAACUGAAUGUCCCUGCUAAAGUCUUCACAUCCUUGCGUACUGCUCCUAUUAGUGAAGCCCUGAGUCACCUAAAAGUGCUGCAGACAAAGCAAGAAGAUGGAGUGGACCUGAAAACUCCUCCUAUUCCCCAACCUGAACCUAGCACCUUCACAGAACAUGGUACACUCAACAAUUCUGUUCAUCAUAUGACAUGUUCUGCUGCAGCUACCCAGUCUGUGCAGCAGGAGAAAUCCCCCUCACUGGACAAUCCGGUUACAGGUCCUGUUCAUAUGGAGACAGGGCAAAGUGUCUCAACUUUGUUUGCUGAGUCCAAAGGAGCAAAUGGAUCAGAGCUUGCAUUUCCCUGCACUUCUAGUCACUUGACACGUAGCCAGUCUGUCCUAAAACAGGAAAGCAAGCAUCUGCAUGGCAUUGCACCGUCAGAAACAUACUAUAUUCCAGUGCUGGGACAGAGUAACGCCUCCAUGUUUCUAAAUGUGAGGGGACUUUCUAAUACAGUUAUAGGUCUGUCUAGUAUAUUGGAGUGUCGAGGAAUUUCACAGCCCACUUUCUUCCUGUGUCUAAACUGUGCUGAGAAAUUUAGCAGAGAGAAGUUUUGUAAUCAUAUGACCAGUGAACGACACCAAUACGCAACCAUUACAACUCAGUAUCAAGAGGUAUUUCAGCAAUGGCAAAGGCAGACUAUUCAUCAGAUGACCAUUCGUGACUUAACAGAAAACCUGGCAUUGACAGAAAAGGGGUUAGAUGCUAAGGUCAUCAAGUUGAACAAAGACCAGUACGAAUCUCUGUCUUCAGCAGACUUCCAUGAUGCAAUUGAAAUACUACAGAGGAUGUGUGGACCCUGUAUGGAUGAAAGUGCCCAACUAUCACACUUGGCACGACAGAAUCAGAGAAGCAAUGAAAUCUCUAGAGUGAAGUCAACAUCAGAGUCUGUAGAAGCUGUAAAAGAAAGAGCUCAUCAGUCCCAUAAAAGCUGUGAAAACACAAGACAAAUGCAGGAACUUCACAGGAGCCAAGAACCAAUCAAAGAAUUUUCUAGUGGUAGAAACAGUACAGCAUGUACCAGCUUGCAGAGUCAAAACUCUCCAAAAGCCUUGCCAGAGAGUAAGGCUCAAACACCACAGCCCAAACAUCAUUCUGUGGUGCAGACAAACCUGGCAGCUAAGUCUAACAGCGGAAAACCUUCGCUCCACCCUCCUAAACCAGUCACUCAAAGAACAAUGGAAAACUCUACAAUAGUGAACUCCCCCAAUCAUACUGACUUGAAGUACAUCACCAAGCAUAGAACAGAGGCAGAUGCUGUGGUUGGUCUGAGUACAGUGAUUGAGUGCAGAAGUGAAGGUCAGGCUUCAGUGUACUUAUGUGUGUCCUGCUCCACCAAACUCGACCAUGGCCUCAUCAACUACCACCUGGUGAAGUUUGGCCACAGAUACAGUUACUUGAGAAGCCGUUACCCCUAUAUGUUUGAGUACUGGUCUGAUUCUGAUAGUAAACAUGAGAAUUCCAAGAAGCUAAUGGAAUUUGCUCACAAAGUGGAGAUGGCCAAUGAGGAUGAGCCUGGUCAGCUACAGGUGAUAAAACUGAACUGUGAUGACCUGACAGAAAUAAAAGCGAUGUCCUAUGAUAAAGCCAUCAUACACUUGCAGAAAAUCAGAAGAGAGCAAAAUCUUUGUGCUCUCAAAACUUGCAUUACUCCCAAGAUCAAAAAAAAUUUGAUAAAACAGGAGAGAAUUGAAAUAGACGUAACGACCCAAUGUUCACUGGAGCAACCAGUUUUACAUGGACCAAAGAAAGUUUUAAAGCGCAGAGCUGUUCAACAAGAUUUACUAUUUCAGUCCAUUCCAGGGAAAAAACAAUGCUCUGAUGUCCCAUCCAGCCAUUUCAAACAGUUCCCUCCCAUAGAGAAUAACCAGGAACCAUCAGAUUGCACAGUAAAGCAAAGCAAGAUCUCAGGUAGUGAUUCAGACAGUGUUACACAGUUCCAGCAGGAGUCUUCUAUUUUGACCACAGCCAAUCCAAAUAGAUCUUCGUAUUCGGCAACAGUUCCUGACAUUUCGAAAACUUCUCUGCAGUCUAAAAGUGUAGACCACAGUUCUCAGACUCAUAAAAGAACUACUUCCAUGCAUAAAACUGUGCUCAAAAACUGUGAAAAAAAGGAAUCUUCAUCCUCCAUUACUGCACAGCAGCAAAAGGACUCCAGUGUGAACACCAAUACAGUUAGUACUCUCUCUUCCAUGAAGGGCCAAGAAAUUGGUCGGGUGUCUGAAAAAAGACCUCUGGUGAAAAAGAGCUCAUGUGAGAAUGCCUGGAAUUAUGAAAACCGACAGUUUAGCCCUGAAACACCCAGUAUGUCUAAUAAAAACCCAGUAGCUGAAAAUUCGACUGAGACUGUGGCUAUGAAGCAGCAAGGCACUGCAUACUCAGUGAACGAUUACAAUGAAGUGCUUAAUCCUCGCUCUAACUGGACAAAUCCUGAUAAAUAUCUGGUCUCCAGUCAUGGCGCAGCAACUUCUGUCACUACUUAUGUGACACCUGAAUAUGCAAUAACUCAUCAAUAUGCCGUGUAUAAGCAUCCCGAUUACCCUUCAGAUAUUGCUGCAUCCAAUACAGCCAUGAAUUAUGAAUCGGUUGCCCCAGGUAUUUCUACAAAUGCUACAGACUUAAUAAAUGCAAAUUCUGCGCACACAUCGCAUACAGUUUAUCCAGGUUUACCAGUUUAUCAACAGGUUCACCAGCCAGUUCAAUCAUUCAAGGACCCUGAGAUAUAUUCAGCCUAUUAUGCAUGCUAUCCUUACAAUCAGGCUCUUCACAUUAACCAAACAGCAGCAGAUGAUGAAAAUGUCACUUCCACACCUGCACUUGAACAUGGUGUGUACCCACUGGCUAGCUGGCCACAAGUAAGUCCCGUUCUGACAUCCUGUACCAAGAAAUUUUGUAUAUGGGGAAACUGAGUAAUAAAUAAUGAACCAUAUAUCUAAUACUUUGAAUUGAAUCUAUUUUUGACACAAAUUCUAUGAAUUAUGUGAAUAAUGUGUUGCUAGUGUUAUUAGAUAAUCUUCUGAUGUUAUCAGUGUUGUAUUGUUGUUCAGACAGUUUAUUGGUUACAAUAUGCCCUAUGUCACUCUAUUACAGAAAAAGAACUGAAGAAGAAACUGCCAAAGGACUUCAUAGAUGCUGUCAAAAAGCAAAGUGAAUAGCCAAAACAUUCACAUAUUUUUUAAAAGAAUUACCUACUUUUUCAGUUCUAAGUCAUUUAUAUGGGGUCUUGUAGUUCUAUUCUUAGUUCAUUAGUCUGAAUAACUGUAUCAUGGCCAGCUGUCACAAAUUCAGUGAAUAUUAGUAAUACAUGUGUGAUGUUCUGUAAAAUUUUCUGUAAAUGUCUUUUAUUGGCCAGAUGUGCCUUUGUUUUUGUUUUAUUAGAGACAAGACUGCUUUGAUUUUUUUAAAUAGUUUUACCAAGAAUGUAUUUACCAAGACUUGAAUGUAUAUUAUUUUGCAGUCAUAUUUGGAGAUUUGUAUGCUUUGGUGAAGCCUUUUUUCCUAUUUUAUUUGUGCAGAUAUAUUUUGCUAAAUAAAUUCUCAAAUUUG